CUCCGGUCCCUCAUCGACCCAUCUUUCAAGUUUUUAUAUUUCCAGAAUUUAGGGAGCGAUAAAUCAAGCACCGCAAUGGGGCCGCCCCGUCUAAUCAGAUUUCCAAAUGGGACCUCAUUCGCUCUAGACGCUGCCAUCGAUUUGUUUGUAGAGUCUCUAUCGGAUCCUAUUCGUCCAUCCCAUUGUCUACGAGCGUCUCGCCACGAUCUACUUAAAACGUCUUUAACAUUUCUGACGGCUCCACGGUCGCAGGAUGAGGUACACGCUCUCCAGAGCGCCAUGGAAACAUGUUCUUGUCCAAAAGAUAACCCACUUUCAAACGGACUACACAAAUACUGCCCAUCCAUUAAACACCGCCCUGGGAGGAGAAGCGCGGGAAAGCACCGAUGUGGCCAGGUUACCCCCAAUGAGUUCUAUUCGACGUUCGGUGCGGAGACGGCUGUCAAGAUGCUUUGGCAGUGGGCAUAUAUGUACCAGCUUCAGCCAUCCUUUUUACUCUUUAGCAGCGUUAUCGUCAUGGCCGGGACGACUCUCAGCGUCAUGAUCUUUAUCAUGCCCUCUUUCGCUCCUCAGCUCAUCGAGAUCAUAAACAAGGACGUAGAUUCUCUGGAAAAAAUAGGUUCUCUUGCUGACCGCGAUUUCACAGUCUUGCAGCAGGCGGAGACUAUUGCGCUAAUAACGACCACGGAGAUGAUAGCCAAGGGUGAAGGGAGACGCGUCAAUACCUAUUGGCAGAACCACAAGGAGGCGCUUCUUCAAGCGCUCAGCCGGGUCGUGAGCAUUACAACCGGUGCUCCGUUUCAUGAAGAACUCCUCAAAAGGGUCUGUAUCAUCCACGAUGCUCUCAGUGUUCCCCACGAUCCAGCCAAGUACCAUCCUCUCAUCCUCGAAGGCUCUCGCGCCCUACGCGAAGAGCAUAAGAAGGAGAACGACUUCUGGAGGGCAUACAGAGCCAUUCGCCAGGCUACCGUCAGUGAUCGAUGCUAUUCUCCGGGAUGCUUGGAGACGUUCACGAGUAUGGGGAGGAAAUUCCAAUUCUGCAGCGGAUGCGUGCGCGUGCCGUAUUGCUCGAGGCAAUGUCAGCGGCAGGCUUGGAAGACAGGACAAGCGCCGCAUAGGAUUAUAUGCCAGAUGGUAAAGAGCUUUUCGGAUUGGAUCGAGCUGCAAUAUAAAUUCAAGAUAGAGGAUUAUCUCGAACCGGAUGUGGUUGAACGCAUGUGUCGGGAGAAAGGCGUGGAGGAAAAUGAUGCGUAUGCUAUUGACCGAUAUUUCGACGUGCUGGAUAAAUUGCUCAUCAUAAAGAACCCGUACGAUUCACGUGUUGGAGAGGGUCAUUGAUAUUCGCUCUUUGCCUUAGUCUGCGGCUACGAUCUCAUUUCGCACGUAUUUCUGUACUUUUCCGA